UCUAAAUUUUUGAAACGUAAACAAAUAAAUCUCCGACUUAAAAAUUGAUUUUCCUCAUCAAAAAUGAUAGAAAUCAAGGCAAGACUCGUUCGAGAGCAAACCGCAGUCUUCAUCGCAGGAGAAUCCAUUGAAUGUUUCGUCACUUUUACGAAUCCUCAAAGAUCUCAAAGCACUUUACAGAGUAACAGUGACGUCUUGGAAAAUCUCGCUUGGGCAACUGUUUCGAUCCAAUGUUACUGCAAUACGACACUAAAAAAGGACAAACCAUCAUUAGCGGAUGACGUUCCAACUGCAUCGACAUCUCUUGCCACAUCACUUUUGAAGCAGGGAACUUUAGUGGCUUCCGCUCAACCCAAAUUUUUGUUUUGUGAUUUGCGAUUGGAGCCAGGAGAGACGAAAUCUUAUUUAUAUCGUGAUGAGCUACCAAAAAAAGGUCCUCCAACUUAUCGCGGCGUUCGUGUGAAAUAUUUUUAUAAAAUUACGAUCGCCACGCAGCGUGUGGGCUCAAAAGUGCAACUUUUAAACGUUCCUGUGCGAGUUCUCCCAAAGCCAGAUUUCGAAAAUGAAAGUGUAAUUGGCGAAAUUUGCGACGACACGAACGACAAUGUAGCUCCCGCAAACCCAUUCAUCGAAAAAAAGAAGACAGAAUCUUAUUUGGAGAUAAUUUUGCACUAUUUGCAGAAUAUUUCGUCGCGUCGUUGCCCAAACUUUUAUGUCAUCACGAAUAAACGAGGGCGUGUCGGGCGUUUUUGUCUUUUCAAGCAAAAUUAUAAAUUGGGCGAAGACAUCGUUGGAACGUUAGAUUUUUCAUCGCAAACCGUCAAAUGUGUGCAAUAUUCCGUAACGUUGCAAUGCGAAGAAAUAAUUCGCGAAACGAAUGGAGAUGAAGUUCAUGAUGUUGCUGCUGUUACGAGCUUCACGAAACAUCACGAAGUUUGCAUCGGAUUGGUAGAAACGCAAAUUAUUCUGCCGGUGCCGUUGCAUGUGACGCCGUCCUUCAAAACGGAUCAAGUUGAUGUUCGAUGGCGACUUCAUUUUCAGUUUGUAACGACAACUUCGAGUCACAUGACGCCCGAAUGCGAACCGGGAGAAACGUGGCAAGCACCCGAAGACAUCGAAAUUGAAACGAUGAUGUGGAAUUUGAAUGUUCAAGUAUUGCCGACGAAUCCGCUGCAAAUUUCCGCGCCAAGUGGCGUUCAUACAUUGAUUAUUAAAUGAAGACUUUUUAAAGUAUUUUCUAUAAUUCCAAAUUAAAAGUUAAUAAAAAAGUUGAAAAAAUUUUUUUUUUAAUUUUUUUU